AUGUGCAGGUUAGGGCAGCGGAAGGCCAACACGCCCUCUGUUGGUGAGAUGCCACCAGAGGAAGUAGAUGUGGACUGUACAGUCUCUAGUCACAGCUGUGUGUUUGGAAUGUUUCCUAGAACCAAAGCUGUGUCGGUCACCUCUAAUACUGCUGUGUUUUUCCUUUGUUUUUCUGUCUCAGACUGCGCCCACUCCUAUCUUGAUGUAACCCAAUGUGGACUUGAGGCAUUUGGGUUGUUUUUGUUUAGUUUUUUUAUUCUCAUAGCAUUUUUGGGGUUUUUUUACGCUUCUGUGAUCUUGCCUCAGCGUUGAGGUCACGGAGAUCCCAUGUCGCACUGACGAGAUCCACACGGCCUUCCACUGCUCCCACAAUCCCCCCCCCAGGCCCAUAAAAAAUGGAACACUGAGGCUCCUAAACAUUUCCCUGCAUCAGCAUUCCAGAGCCCAGCCAACCCAGAUCUCUCCUCAGUAGGGACCAGGGCCAGUUCAUGUGCUUUCCUCUUACUUUUUGUUUUGUGACUCUAUGGAGAGUUUCUGUUUGGUUUGUGUAAUUGGAGCUUUGAUGUGGUGUUAGGCCUAUACAGUGCAGUAUACAAUAACGGACUGUUCUGUUUAUUUGAAUGAUGGUUGCUGUAAUAGCUUACAUUUACUCUUCUGUUUAACAGGUUUUACCUGCAUUUUCCUGCUCAUUACCUCUAAAAUCUCUAAACCCAACCAAUGUCAAUGGGUUCUAUAAAGUGUCUGUAAGCAAUCUCUGAAUAUAAAUAUUUUCUGCUGUAGGAGUAUACAAAGUAAAUCGGAGCUAUUUGGGGUGAGUAUGUGGGGAGGGGGGUUCCUGGAAGGCGCUUAACUGACUUCCUGCCCCUCCGUACAGUCAACAAAGGGGGGCUCCUAGGAGCUGGCUCGCUGCAUGGCCAGAUGGAUUCUACAGUCAUGAGCAUUAGCAGCACUGUGUAUUUAUGCUGUGAAUUUCUGUACAAGAGCUGAGAGGGUCUCUACAAGUGCAGUUUACUCAAAUAAUUGACGUAUUUGCCCAGAUAAUGUAUUAUUAUUUGCAGAUAUUUUAUAUUUUCUCUGCAGUUUUUGGACUGAACAGUUGUGAUGUAGUAGACACGUGUGAUGUAGUAGACACGUGUGAUGUAGUAGACACGUGUGAUGUAGUAGACACGUGUGAUGUAGUAGACACGUGUGAUGUAGUAGAAACGUGUGUGAUGUAGUAGACACGUGUACAACCUUGGUAUUUGACAACUGGAGGAGGAUUUCAUUUAUUUAACCAGGCAAACAGUGUUACGCCUUUGGCACUGAUUGACUGGAUGAGGUUUGUAGGAAUGAAGUGAAACACAUGGGACUGUCUUUAUCUCUGGGCUAAUUUAAGGAGUAAUUAUUCUGUCUUUGUAUCCAGUACUGUCUGGCUGACAGUGAUCCAACAUUGCUGUGUAAGAGCCUAUAAUGAGAGUCAUCACAUCUGAAAGGAGCAUUUACCCCAACGGUGCUUUGUCUGAUGUCAUAACGGAUGCCAUCAACUCAUUCACCUGCGAUAUAGGCUUGAUCUCUCCACCAUUUUCUCUUUCUCUUUUUUAUUCUCUCACUCAACCUCUCCAUCUCCUCUCUCUCUCCCUCCAGAUCCGCACAUUAAGGUUUGUGGAAAGAGAGACAACGUGAGGGAAGCCAAAGACCGAAUCAUGUCAGUCCUCGACACAAAGGUGCGUAUGAAUGAAGGAAGGUUUUUGUUUUGUUGUCAUAGCAACACCAACACUGCCCUCCCUAAGUGAUCAACUAGAGGAUGGUAGACACAGAUGGAUCCAAUGAGUGUCUGGCUGUUAUUUCAUGCUCUAGAAAGCAUUGGUUUGCUUCCUAAUUGGUUCCUCUUCAAUUUGAGUAGCUUGAUAAUAACACUGAGAAAUAGAUAAUAACACUCUGAGAAAUAGAGUGAUGGAGGUAAAGAGAGGUGGAUGGAGAGAGAACAGGCCCCGGGGAGCUCACUGAGGUGGCAGUGGGGCACCUUUUCAGGGAAUAACUCGCUCCCACAUCUCUUUCUCAGUCCAUUUUCCCUCUCUCUCACACCGUCUUUGGCACACUCACUCCAUUGCCAACAGAGUUCAAAUGACAGGCUACAGUCUCAGACUUGUAAUAUGACUUGCCACCAAGGUGGCCAGUGCUUCAUUUCCUGAGUGUGUAAUGGCUUGGCAUGGUGCAAGUCUUGUCUCUAUGGCAACAAACAUCCUCAUCCCAAAAUGGGCACACCAUAGCACCCCCUGUGGGCGUGUUUUAUCAUAACACUGAAGUAUUUUCUCUGCACACGGUAGAGGUCUUCACGGAUCCACCUGUACCCGAAUACCCGAGACCCCAUACCGGGACCCGAGCAGGUUCGGAUUCAGAAUUCUAAAUAAUGUCACGGGUCUGGGUCAGAUCUGAUAUGAUUGUCAUGGGUCUCGGGUAUGUGUAAUUUUAACUGACUUGUCCGGAAGGGCCCGUACAGGUCCGAACGCAACUGCUGCAGUAGAGGGAGAGAGCGAGAGAGGGGAAGAGAGGGAGAGAGAGAAAUUGUCUAAUUUAUGCUGUUUCUCUUGCUUUUCACGAGAGAGGAGUGUGACGCGUGUAGCUUGUUGUUGUUGUUUUUGUUUUUGUUGGCCAAUCAAGUCAUCAAAGCGGCAAUAGGCUACAGUCAUAGAGCCUCCUUGUGGCAAAAGUUAGGAGAUAUCUAAUCAAUGGAAGAUGGAAUUAAAGGUUAAAGGAGAAGGAUAGCCUAAAACCACCACAAGCCAACAGGUAGGCUGCUAUUUAGCUAAUAUUCUGAAUGGAGUUGUAGUUAUUUGUAACUAUAGGAUGAGAAAGCGCAUGCACUGCAGCCUCAAUUAGCCUACCUAGCUAACGUUAGCUAGCUUAACUAGCUUCUCCCAGUUUGAUGCAGUCAAGACCGGUACUACGUAAUCAUAUUUGAUGAUAAAUAACCAAGUUAUGGCAGCUAUUAGUCUACUAUAGCACGAGUCAGCUUGGUUGGUUGCUGUCUCUUGUCUCUCCCUCCCUCCUCCCUGCUCCGUGUCACUCGCUCACAGUAUGGCCCCUCCCCGCCAGCUAGAGCAGCACCUCUCUCUCCCUCCUUUCACGCUGUAUCAGCUCUGGUUAAUAAAGUAGCUUAAAAAAUGACUUUUCUGCUACUUCCUUCACUUGGAUCGGACCGGGUCUGGAUCCAACCAGGUCUAUACGGAACAGGUCUAGUUGUCCUCGGGUCCGUUCGGAACUGGUCUCUAUAUUUUAAAAAUGUAUUUAUGCAUAUAGGGUCCGGGUGAGAAAGCCCCAGGUCCGUUAUGGAACAGGUCCAACUUCUUGGACCCGUGAAGACCUCUAGCACACGGUCAACACAUGAUUGGCUACAUAUUGCACCCCAAUAAGUUCAAUAUGGAACAACUAUGAUUAGCUGGCAUUAAUAUCAAUGGAUUUGUCAAAUAAAACUUUUUGAAGCAACAUUUGUAAACAACAACAUACUUUUAGGCUCAUCUGCUUUAGCUCUAUGUAAUUAGCCAUCUGAAAGGGCUUAAGUUGGAUGUGAUUGGUUAUGUUCCACAUGCCUCUAAGUGGAGCAUUGGGGACUGGUAUUAGCUUCUAGCUUCUAGCUUCUCAUGCUGGACCCAUCUGCCUGGCAGUGGUGUUGGACCAGAGCCAGGGGUGUGGGUAGAAGAGAUCCAUCCUAUUUGUCUUCAAAGGAAUUCUACUAUUAUAAGUCAUUCUACUAUUAUAAGUCAUUCUACUAUUAUAGACUGAUAGAAAGUUUUGUUCUGGCCCGUUUGCUUAUUAGCCGAGGAGCUUUCAAGCCAUGUCAAUAUUUAAGCUGUGUCAAUAUUCACAAUAUUGUCAUGGUUUACAGUCAUAUAUGUUGGUGUAGAAUUGAAUAUUUAUGCAUGUUAGAUUUAUAUCAUAUCAUUCACUAUUAAGUGUACAUUGUCUGGCAGGCCAUGCUUAAGAAGAGUGUCUUCCCCUCCUUCCUCUCCCCCAGCAGAGUAACAGGGUAACCCUUAAGAUGGACGUGUCCCACACAGAGCACUCCCACGUCAUCGGCAAGGGAGGCAACAACAUCAAGAAGGUGAUGGAGGACACAGGCUGCCACAUCCACUUCCCUGACUCCAACCGCAACAACCAGGCGGAGAAGAGCAACCAGGUACGGAGAGAUACACCACCGUAUACAGUACCAGUCAAAAGUUUGGACAUACCUACAUAUUCAAGGGUUUUUCUUUAUUUUUACUAUUUUCUACAUUGUGGAAUAAUAGUGAAGACAUCAAAACUAUGAAAUAACACAUAUGGAAUCAUGUAGUAACCAAAAAAGUGUUAAACAAAUCAAAAUAUAUUUUAGAUUUUAGAUUCUUCAAAGUAACCACCUUUUGCCUUGAUGACAGCUUUGCACACUCUUGGCAUUCUCUCAACCAGCUUCAUGAGGAAUGCUUUUCCAUCAGUCUUGAAGGAGUUCCCACAUAUGCUGAGCACUUGUUGGCUGCUUUUCCUUCACUCUGCGGUCCAACUCAUCCCAAACCAUCUCAAUUGGGUUGAGGUCUGGGUGAUUGUGGAGGCCAGGUCAUCUGAUGCAGCACUCCAUCACUCUCCUUGGUCAAAUAGCCCUUACACAGCCUGGAGGUGUGUUUUGAGUCAUCGUCCUGUUGAAAAUCAAAUGAUAGUCCCACUAAGCGCAAACCAGAUGGGAUGACGUAUCGCUGCAGAAUGCUGUGGUAGCCAUGCUGGUUAAGUGUGCCUUGAAUUCUAAAUAAAUCACUGACAGUGUCACCAGCAAAGCACCAUCACACCUCCUCCUCCAUGCUUCACGGUGGGAACCACACAUGCAGAGAUCAUCCGUUCACCUACUCUAUGUCUCACAAAGACACAGCGGUUGGAACCAAAAAUCUCAAAUUUGGACUCAUCAGACCAAAGGACAGAUUUCCACCGGUCUAAUGUCCAUUGCUCGUGUUUCUUGGCCCAAGCAAGUCUCUUCUUAUUAUUGGUGUCCUUUAGUAGGGGUUUCUUUGCAGCAAUUCAACCAUGAAGGCCACGCAGUCUAUCUCUGAACAGUUGAUAUUGAGAUGUGUCUGUUACUUGAACUCUGUGAAGCAUUUAUUUGGCCUGCAAUCUGAGGUGCAGUUAACUCUAAUGAACUUAUCCUCUGCAGCAGAGGUAACUCUGGGUCUUCCUUUCCUGUGGCGGUCCUCAUGAGAGCCAGUUUCAUCAUAGCGCUUGAUGGUUUUUGCGACUGCACUUGAAGAAACUUUCAAAGUUCUUGAAAUGUUCCGGAUUGACUGACCUUCAUGUCUUAAAGUAAUGAUGGACUGUCAUUUCUCUAUGCUUAUUUGAGCUGUUCUUGCCAUAAUAUGGACUUGGUAUUUUACCAAAUAGGGCUAUCUUCUGUAUACCAACCCUACCAAUGACAUCACACCUGCCCAGACCCACCUGCUCACGCAUCACUCUCCGUCACCAAUUUUAUCUGUAAAUAAUGAAAAGCUAUUCAAGGAUUGUUACAUAGGGUUGUUUUUUUAGGGAGUGAUAUUGGUUCAUGUAGAAUACGUUUCAUUUUCUUCCAUAUUGUUAUAGUGUUCCUAACUAUGAAGUUGUUAAUGUUCUUAGCUUUAUCCUUUGAAGAUAGACAUGAAAAUAUUCUGGGGAUGAGCAUGCGCAGCUUCAAUAUGUAUCCAUUGUUCCUCUUUAGUGCAUUUAACUAUAUGUCGCAAGUAAAAGCUUUGGGUGGUGAGUUGAUAGAAUUCCAAGUAUGGAAGGUUAAAACCACCCUCAGACUUAGGAAGAUGUAAAACGUUCCUUUUUAUUCUAUGAGUUUUAUUUGCCCAUAUAAAGUUUGUUAUGACCGAAAGCUGUAGUAUAUCAGACUGUAUACCAUGUGUAUGACAAAACAUAAAUGUUUACUGCUCUAAUUAUGUUGGUAACCAGCACUCCAUCACUCUCCUUGGUCAAAUAGCCCUUACACAGCCUGGAGGUGUGUUUUGAGUCAUCGUCCUGUUGAAAAACAAAUGAUAGUCCCGCGUUGCGUCGUGCUUAAGAACAGCCCUUAGCUGUGUUAUAUGGGCCAUAUACCACACCCCCUCAGGCCUUAUUGCUUAAGUAUACUUUUUUAAAGAAUGUCUUCAGUGGGGUGAUUGGGAUUACCGAGAAUAAAUAUAAACACUUUGGCAGCCAUGCCAUUCUGAAGAGGUUUAUUCUACCUGGAAGAUUGAUGGGAAGAUUUUUCCAUCUAAUUAGAUCUGCUUUGAUAUUGUUAAGUAAUGGGAUAAAGUUAUCAUUAUAUAUUUCUUGUUGUCACUCAUUAAGCAUCCUGAGGAUUUGAUAUUGGUUGUGGUCCACUUAAAGGACUGCUGUAGAUCAGGAGUUAUUGUUCUUUUUUUCCUAUUGCCAUUUUCUUUCUUUUCUUUCACAAGUUUUGUUACCAGCUGGUCUUAAAGAAAGGGGCUUCGUUUGUUCAGAAGUGCUGAUUAAAUUUGGCCAGAGUGAUGGCUCUGUCGGCCAAAGCCUGGUUUUCUCCAUUACAGUGAGUUACCGAUGAAAGGCUUGAAAAGGGAGAGAGGAGGCGAGAGAUUACGGAUCCGCUGGCAGGAUAUCUAAUAAAGGCUUUUAUUUUAUUUAUGUCACAAUUAUUUUAGUCGCAGGCACACAGUCAGGAUGUAAAGUGUUGAAAGGCAAUGGGUGGGCCUGUGUUUUUAAUUGUGGGUCUGAGUUCUUAAAGAUGGUAAAAGCCUCCAAACCAUCUUCCUCUUUAUGGUGUUAUUCUGAUAGGGUUGUGAUGAAAAACAUAACAUAACCUACCUCUUCAAACAGUAUCUUAAAUAAUCCUCCCAACCCUACCCCCACCCCAUCCCCCUUCUAGCUGACUCUACUGACAGCUACGUUAUUGAGGAAAAAUGUACUUUCUAUGCCUGUGACAUGUGGUUGCCUGUGGUUGCCUGUUCUAUGCCUGUGACAUCAAGCUGAACCCUGGCAAGACGGAGCUGCUCUUCCUCCCCGGGAAGGACUGCCCGUUCCAUGAUCUCGCCAUCACGGUAGACAACUCCGCUGUGUCCUCCUCCCAGAGUGCGAAGAGCCUAGGCGUGACCCUGGACAACACCCUGUCGUUCUCCGCCAACAUCAAGGCGGUGACCCGCUCCUGCAGGUUCAUGCUCUACAACAUUCGGAGAGUGCGACCCUGCCUUACACAGGAAGCGGCGCAGGUCCUGGUCCAGGCACUUGUCAUCUCCCGUCUGGACUACUGCAACUCGCUGUUGGCUGGGCUCCCUGCCUGUGCCAUUAAACCCCUACAACUCAUCCAGAAUGCCGCAGCCCGUCUGGUGUUCAACCUUCCCAAGUUCUCUCACGUCACCCCCCUCCUCCGCACACUCCACUGGCUUCCAAUUGAAGCUCGCAUCCGCUACAAGACCAUGGUGCUUGCCUUUGGAGCAGUGAGGGGAACGGCACCCCUGUACCUUCAGGCUCUGAUCAGUCCCUACACCCAAACGAGGACAUUGCGUUCAUCCACCUCUGGCCUGCUGGCUCCCCUUCCUCUGCGGAAGCACAGCUCCCCCUCAGCCCAGUCAAAACUGUUCGCUGCUCUGGCACCCCAAUGGUGGAACAAGCUCCCUCACGACGCCAGGACAGCGGAGUCACUCACCACCUUCCGGAGACAUUUGAAACCCCACCUCUUUAAGGAAUACCUGGGAUAGGCUAAAGUAUUCCUUCUAACCCCCCCCCCCCCCCCCCCCCCAAAUUGUAAAGUGGUUAUCCCACUGGCUAUAGGGUGAACGCACCAAUUUGUGAGUCGCUCUGGCUAAGAGCGUCUGCUAAAUGACGUUAAUGUGCCCUUGAGCAAGGCACUUAACCCUAAUUGCUCCUGUAAGUCGCUCUGGUUAAGAGCGUCUGCUAAAUGACUAAAAUGUAAAAUGUAAAUGUAAAUGUAAAUGUAAAUGUAAAAAUGUUGUCCCACCUAGCUAUCUUAAGAUGAACGCACUAACUGUAAGUCGCUGUGGAUAAGAGCGUCUGCUAAAUGACUAAAAUGUAAACAUGCAAAUAAAAUGAGAAUGACAGGACUAAAUGGCCUCUUUUCACGGCUUUAGAUUCCAGUUUUGAUGUAACGGUAAUAGCUAAACUAUAACAAUGACUUCUGUCUGUCCAUCUGAACAGGUGUCCAUUGCAGGCCAGCCAGGAGGGGUAGAGGCAGCUCGAGCCAAAAUCAGGGUAAGUUGGAUGUCAUUUCUAUGGCGGUCUCUCUGAGGUCUGAACUAUAGAACUCUGAACAGGCUGUUAUUGUAAGCAUGUGUCACUACAGUCAUCCUUUAGUUGUCUUUUAACUGCAUGUGUUAGCUGUGGAGCCUGUGAACUCUGUGGUAAUGCUCUGGCUGUAGCCCAUGUGGAACAGGGCACACAGGAAACGGUUCAAGUCCAGUACACAGUGCGUCUGGCUUGGUAGAGCUCCUGACCCAUGUCAGAGGGCGGAGGGCCAUUCCACUCGUGUGAGCCUCUGCGGUCCAGACCUUCCUCUUGUUUCUCCGCCAUCGCAAUUCUUCGCACGCACGUGCUUCCUCUCCGAGUGGGGAGGGAGGGAGGGAGGGAGGGAAAUUAUGAGGGAGGGAGGGUUAGGGAAAUAGGGGGGAGGGGUAAGGUGGGUCGGGGCCGGGCUCUCACUAGUGCGCUAUUCUUUCUUGUUUCAACCUUCCGAUCUUUAGUGCGCGACCUCUUUCUUCGUCUCCCUCUUGCUGUAUUUCUCUCCCUCGAGUUGCUUUCUUUCGUUUUUUGUUUCUUUCUCUUCUCUCCCUUAUCUUCUAUUCCAUUCUCUUUCUAUUUUUUUGCCCUUCUCUUCUUCCUAAUUUUUCUUUUCUUUUUUCCUUCUUCGCUUUUAGUACGCCUGUCUCUUUUUCCUUCAUCCCCCUGCUUUCUCCUUUUUCUCUUCCCUCGUCCCUCUCGCGCUUCUUCUUUCUUUCUUUCUAUUCGUGUGGGUGGCGGCCCCGAGUGCGGCUGGCCGCUGCGCGGUGUCGUAUGGCGGGCGGGCGGCCCCGCUUGCAUGGUUGCCGGUGGCGGUCCCUCCUUCUUUCUGUGUAUCCCGUGUGCCGGGGCCUUUGCCCGCUGGCGCCUUUUACCGCUUUCUCGCUCUUGCUCUCCUGUUCGUCUUGCUGUUCGUUUCCCGUCUUUCUUGCUCGGCUGGUUUUCUGGCUCUGUUUCUUUUCUUCGUCCGGCUUGCUUUCCCUCGUUGCUUGCUGGGUGCUAUUUCCCUCUUUCUUAUUCUUUCCCCUCCUCUCGCGGUCGCUCUCGCUCUCGCUGUCUCUCCCUCUUUCUUUUCUCCGUCUUCUUUCUUUUUCUUGCUGUCUUGCCCUCUUUCUUAUCUUUCCCUCAGCAUGCUUUUCCUUUGUCCCUCGUUCUUUCGCGUUCGUUCUGUUCUUCUUUCUUUGCUUGUUUCUCUUCUCUCUUUCGAUGCUUCUUUCUCGUCUUCCGGUCUUCUUCGUCUCUUUCCUCUCUUUCUCUCGUUUUCUACCCUGGCCUUUCGCUUCUUCUCUCUCGCCUCUCUCUCUCGCUCUCUCCUCUCUCUCUACUCUCUCGCUCAUCCUCGCGCUCUCUCUCUACUCUCUCUCGACUCUUCUCUCUCUCUCCGCUCUCUCUCUCUCUCGCUCUCCUCAUCUCUCUCGCUCUCUCUUCUCUCUCUCUCUCUUUCUCAUCUUUCUUCCUUCCUCUUUUUUUCUCCCCUCCCGCUUUACUCGCUCCACAGCACACACCAGCAGCGGAUAGUUGGGGAGGAUCAAAGACUGCUUUCCUCUCAGACAACCUGCCUGCUUCUGUCAGUCCAAACAUGAAUCCUCGCCUCCCAAAGCCAAACACCUAGCAGCCAUACUCUACCAGUCCACCCAAUCACUUAGCACCCCUUGCCCCAAACAGCAGCCCAGCUACUACCCAAACCUGUACCCUGUUCUUACUCAUGCCACUCAGUACAACUAUUCACACCUGUACCCUUUGGCCUAUUCCCUUCAUACUGCCCAACCAUAUGACAACAUCUGUAAAGCCACCCCACAUACAGUAUUAACACCUACCCAGCUACCCUUAACCCAAACGUCCAACAACCCUCCAACCCUUCACCCAAAUAAAAACCCUAUUUUGCUUCAUACGGAUGUUGGCUGCAAUAAGAAAUGAAUGAAAAGAAAUGAAUCACUGUCGGUCGCCACUUCGAUAUACACUGUUCCUCUAGCAGCAGGGUUUAGAGUUUACCUUUCAUAGUUUGUUUGUUCCAGAGCAGCCUCUGUGCUGUUUGGGUUAACAGUACAUGAUCCUGGGUGGCCUCAUCUGUCUCUGCCUGUGACCAAAACAAUGAUUGGAUGGAUUGGAUGGGUUUUCCCUUCCCUGUAGUGCAGAUGUGGAAAUUCCCUUGUUUGUGCCGGAACUUUGGUCUUCUAGCUGUUUUAAAGGGAAGGCUCAAAUUGAGUUGUACCGUGGCCCUUGAAGGCUUGAUUGUGUAUGAUGAACGCUUUAGUCUGUAUUUAGACUUUGUGCAGUCGUUAUACAGUCUUUAAACAAUAUUUGCCAUUCUGUCCUUGUGUCUGCAGAACUCAUGCACACCUCCAGAUUGAAUACAUAUGAAGCUUAAAGUUGCCCGGAAGACCCGUUUUAAAAAGCUUAUGGUAGUUCUGUCUGAGCCGUUCUUCAUUCAGCGCCUGGUUGGGCCGUUCUGUUUGUCCUCUCUGUGUUUCCAUACUCACUGACUCUGACUUUACAGUGGAACUCCUGAAACGUGAUAUAAAAGUAGGCCCAGAAACAUAUGGGAUUAAUCAUGGGUGCAUUUCUUUGGUCAGAGUAAUUCAUGCUGUUUGUCCUUCUCUGGCAGCCUAAGCUAUGGCGUACUGCCCAAGACGGAGUGUUUGGAUAAGUGUGUGUUUGUGUGUGUGUGUGUGUGUGUGUGUGUGUGUGUGUGUGUGUGUGUGUGUGUGUGUGUGUGAACUUGUCAACAAAAUCUCCUGGCCUCUGUCUAGGCUGUUUGAAUGACUGCUGUGAUUUGAAUGAUGGAGUCCACUUUUAGUCUCUGUUCUCUGUGAUGGCGUGACUUGAUGUAUUAUUUAGUGACUUUACCUUAACAUUUACAGUCUGAGUAUGAACAGACCGUCUAGGAGCAGACAUGAUCUGGUACUGCAGUGUUGUACUGUAUGUUUAAUCAGCUCCCAAUGGAAGUCUGCUGUAGAAUGUGUGUGAUGAAACGCGUAAUGCCUUAGGUCCCUAGUGAGUACUGGCAUAGUUGAACCCAUUGUGAUAGACAGCAGUUAGUGGUUUUAUUGAGUUAAAACAUUUCUAUGCCAUGUUUUGCCCCUCCCAGCUGAAGUGGGACAUGUUAUGUCUGUGUAGAUGUGCACAUGCCAACCCUAUGUAAAGAGAUCUCUCUCAACGUUUUCACUCUUUAUGUUUUUACUGUUUCACUAUUCUAAUGGACUCCGUUACAUACUACAGGGCAAUUGCGUAAAGUUUGCACUUGUGGCAAAAAGAUAGUAUGAUGAUGGUAAUGGCAAUAACUAUAUGCAGUGGUGGAAAAAGUACUCAAUUGUCAUACUUGAGUAAAAGUAAAUGCUAUUCAUCAAAUUCCUUAUAUUAAAGCUGCAGUAUGUAACUGUUUGGGCGAACUGACCAAAUUCACAUAGAAAUGUUAGUUAUAAAUCUGUCAUUCUCAUUUAUAGCAAGUCUAAGAAGCAGUAGAACUGUUCUAUGUGCAGUAUUUCUAUGUUUCCCGUUCUUAAUUUUCGUUGUUGCAUCUUUUACUUUCAGUUUUGUACACCAGCUUCAAACAGCUGAAAAUACAAUAUUUUUUGUUCUGGAAAAUAUUUUUCACAGCGGUUUAGAUGGUACAAUGAUUCUCUACACUAUACUUGCUUGUUUUGUCAUAUAAACUGAAAUUAGGCGAACUAUUCGAAUUUUAGCAACCAGAACAUGUAGGAGCGAUUUCUGCAGAUUUUUUAAAUUUAAAUUACGGACAGUCGGGAACACUCCAACACUCAAACGCAGUAUUUGAGAUUAUUGACUCCGCCAGAUCAGAGGCAGUAGGGAUGGCAAUGAGUUAUAUUGAUAGGUGCAUGAAUUGGACCAUAUUGCUGUCCUACCUGAGCAUUCGAAAUGUAACUAGUACUUUUGGGUGUCAGGGAAAAUGUAUGGGAGUAAAAAGUACAUAUUUUCUUUAGGACUGUAGUGAAGUAAAAGUUGUCCAAAAUAUAAAUAGUUUAGUACAGAUACCCCAGAAAACAACUUAAAUAGUAUUUUUACUUAUUUUCUUUACACCACUGACUGUAUGUAUGACGCUCUCUCUCUCCCUUUCUCUCUCUCUUUCUGUAACUCUCUCACACUCUUUCUCUUCGUCUAUUCAUCUUAAUCAUUCUCAGGAGCUGCUCCCUCUGGUUCUGUCGUUUGAGUUGCCGGCCAUCGUGCAGCCUGACCCAGGCUCCCCAACAGUGCAGCACAUCACCCAGACAUACAACCUCAACGUCUCCUUCAAGCCCCCCACACGUCUCUACGGGACCACCGGAGUGGUCCGCGGCUCCCAGAACAACUCUAGUGCCGUCAAGGUGAGGCCCAGCUACACCCCUCACAUCUACCCACCAAUACACCACAGUACUUACAGAACAGAAGGGGUUGGGGCCUAGUGGUUAGAGAAGUGGACUGCUGUGACCAGAGGGUUGCUUGGUCAGCUCCCUAGUGGGAAUUACAGUACUUUUGCCUUUAAAACCAAGCACUGUUCUCUAACCCAUGAGCAAGUAAAUCUCCCUCCUGAUUAAAUGUCUAAUAUAAGUCGUCUGGAGCCUUGCUCACCACUCAACCCAACAUCCCCGGACCCACCACCCACCUCCCACUGACCCACCCGCACUCUGACCCUCAAUACAACCCAACCUAGGGGAGUUGAGUUAGUGGACGGGUGGAGGGGGUCAUUUUGACUUGGGAUGCUGGCCAGAUUGGGGGUUGUGGGGGAGUAUGUAUGCUAUGUAGUGGGAGACCUUGCUCUGUAAAAGGGGUCUGCCAAAACCACUGUGGAUUACUGUGCUGGCCUCAGGCUGGAGUUCCAUUGGAAGUCCUUCCUAUUAAUCUAGUGAUUGUUUGCAGAGGCAGAGGAGGCAGAGAAUCAGACCAUUCUGUUGGCUGCCAGGUGACAUUGAAAAACAGUGGUUUACUUUGGUGGAAACUAUGGUUGAAAUGUUGUUGGUUCACUAGCGCAGAGUGGACACUCUUGGUUUUUCUAAUUGGUUUUUCUUCCUGCUCUUUUGCCAUAACUGUGUUUUCCCUUGCCCCAGUGGGUAACUUUAGUUGAGAGUGCUGUCCACACACAGUCACUCACUCACCUUUGCUAGCUCCUUUGAGCAGAGCGCCUCGACAUUUGUCCGCACACUGUAAGAAAAGACUAAUCGAAAUAUUACUAGAUUCUGCAGAUUGACUGAUUGUAUUGAUAUAUUCAUUGAUUGAUUUUCUUCUCAUCCCAGAGAGGCACUGCCAUGCUGCUGGAGCACCUGGCGGGCAGCCUGGCAGGUGCCAUCUCGGUCAGUACCCACCUGGACAUCGCCCCCCAGCACCACCUCUUCAUGAUGGGCCGCAACGGCAGCAACAUCAAGCACAUCACCCAGAGGACAGGAGCCCAGAUCCACUUCCCCGACCCCAACAGCCCCCAGAAGAAAUCUACCGUCUACAUCCAGGGCGUCAUCGAGUCUGUCUGCCUGGCACGCCAGUACCUCAUGGUAUGUGUUCAUGCAUGGUUUGUAUAGAUUAAGUAAUUGCCUUGUUUCUGUUAGAGCAUGACCUCGCAUAUGGAUUUCUGUUUAUUUUAUUGUUUUAUUGUGUUCUGACCCUGACCAAGACACUUUCAGCUAUGUGGUUUGCAAAUAUGUAAAAUGUUGGUCAUUUAAUUAAACAUUUGCUGAGCAAGAUGUCAAAGACAUUACAUUUAAAGAGUUUGGCAUCCUGCUUAAUGUAAUGUUAACCAUAAUAUAGGGCAGCUAUGCUAGCCAGUGUUGGCGUCCUUUGUCUGUGGCAGUUUUGCCCAAAGACUCUUGAAAAAUGCGGAAGUCGUUUUGUAAACAUAACUUUUUCUGUCUGGACGUGGGACACACAAGAAGAGGCCCCUCUGGUCUGCCUUGGGAGAACCGAGUCAUUUGACGAGGAGAUGAGCCUCCCCCACAGAGAGCCAUGUUUAGACCAUCUCGCAGACUGUAAAUUACGGCUCCGGCUCCGGCCCCGGCCUGUCACCACCAGCUUGGCCCAACUGGUUUAAUUACACACAAUGGGAAGGCCUCUCUAUCGCUCAGCUGAAUAUAACGUAGGAAUGAGAUUGUGGUGGAAUCAUGCAAAACAGGCAUUUUUGGUCAAUUGUUUUGGAAUUUCCCAAGUAGUGGUUUUUCAACUGAGCCUUCUCUCUUAAUUGAAAUGUCUGGUCAGGAAAAACUCUGUCCCUGUUGUUUUCGAUGAGUGUUAGUUCUGUAACAAGAGUCUGUUUGCUAGGACGUGAUGAUGAUGUGUGUGUGUUCCACAGGGCUGUCUACCCCUGGUGCUGAUGUUUGACAUUAAAGAGGACAUUGAGGUGGAGCCCCAGUGUAUCACAGCUCUGAUGGAGCAGCUAGAUGUCUUCAUCAGCAUCAAGCCCAAACCAAAGCAACCCAGCAAGGUACGACACUAAAACAUGAACAUCUAGUAUGUUACACAGUGGCCUUAACACAAAUCCAGUAAGCUACUUUACCAUGCUACAGCUAAGACCCAAGGUUUUUCUCCUGGCCCUAACUAUAGUGUUGGAAAAAAAUUAUACAGUUACAUAGAGCAAUAUUAUUUUGGGACAACAUUAUAUUGAUAUUUGACUCAAGGUAUCGUUAUUUUAUAUUUAUUUUUCUACUGUAGGUAACGUUAGCUAGCACUAGUCGGCUGUACCUGAACCAAAACUCCGGUAUUUUUCAUCCUAUAGCUUGUUCUCCAUCUUCUUUUUAAAUAGUGAGCCAAUAUGUUUACAGCACCUUUUUUUUACACUGACUGAUCAAAACUUGUUUUCUCAUGUUCUCUCUUGUCUCUCUGCAGCAGACAUAUGGUGAGCAAUAUGUUUGGAACAUCAAAUCGCAAUAAAAUCGCAGUAUCGAAUCGCAAUACAUAUAGAAGCUUGAGAAUUGCAAUACAUAUCCUAUCGGCACCUAAGUACAUAAUAUCGUAUCGUGAGGUCCCUGGCAAUUCCCAGCCCUACCUAACUACAAAGCACCUCGCGUCAUAAGCCAAACAAUAUAUUAGGCACAUCAAACCUGCUGGGCCCCAGCCUAACCACCUUAGCCAGGUGCCCUUUCCUCAGUGUGCCCAGCAUGAUGCCCAAACCCAGACAGGCCAGUGGGGAACAGUGGUGUGGUGCCAGUGUAAACGCAGCCCUACCCAGACCUCUCUUCUUUAAUGAGGUGACACCACUAAUCCAAACGGCCUUCCAAACACUGCUCUGCUUCUGGCUAUUUGGCUACUCCAUAAAGAAGGGUGUGGAGACAGAAAAAUCGUGACUGGACUCGAUUUGGCAGGGCCCACUUUGGCAAGUGUAGGACCACAGAAAUGAUUUGUGUGCAUGUUCAUUUUUUAUUCCUCGCUAUUUUAUAAGCACUCUUUAUGGUAAUGCUGGAACUGGAGAAAGUUGAAUAUCCUUUCCGAACUCCCUUAAGCUUUCUAAUGCGUGAAUUGAAGUGAACCCACUUUAUCAAAAUUAUGUUUUGACUUUUACUAAUCCCCUUUGAUUCCACUGUUCAUUCCAUUAAAGAAAAAUUGAUUACAUUGCUGAAGUGCAUUUCAUUCUGACAACAACCUGCCAUGUUGUUUUCUCUCUUUUCCUCUGUCUCUCCAUCUCUCUCUUUCUCCCACUCUCUCUUCCCCAGUCUGUGAUAGUAAAGAGUGUGGAGCGGAAUGCAGUGAACAUGUACGAGGCCCGGAAGUUUCUGCUGGGUCUGGAGAGCAACGGGGUGUCAUCAUCAGCCCUGUCCCCCUCCACCAAUGUCCCCUCCCCCACCCUCAUCUGUCCCGUCGGCCUGGACAUCCUGGCCUCAGCUGGCCUGGGGCUGAGCAGUCUGGGUAAUGGAGUUCUCUUUACAUCUGCCUCUUACACCAUUAUGAGAAUUCUGUAAGAAAAUCGAUGGUGCCUUUCUACAAAUGUACAAGGUCAACCCAAGACCCUUUUCCACACACGUUUAUAGAUCAGUGAUUGAAAAAGAAGCUUGAGUGUCAUAUGUAAUCCAAUUGUAUUUUUAUCUUGUUAAAGGAAACAAUAAAAAUGAAAGAAAUAUAUAAAAGAGACAAACCCCUUUACAACAGAAUGAAUUAUGAAUCAUGAGAUAAACUGUUGUGUGUAGGAGGUUUAUGUCUGGAAACUGACCACAUUGACAGUGAGAAUGAAUGUCCUGCUCAAGGCCAUCUCUUCCUGGGGCGUACAGUAUGAACCCAAAGGCCCAUGGGUAAGAUAUGGGCCUCCACAGCUCGGCCUGUAGUUAAUUGCUACAUCCCUCGCCAUCAGAUUACAGCUCAGCCUGCCAGAGAAAUCCAAGCCUUAUUUCUGGAGUCAAAUGAGCCGUUUGUCAAACCCACAAACCUGUUUCAGUCUGCUUUGAUAUGUUUGGGUUGAAAGUAGCAUAGUUUAGCAUGUAGUUAUUGACUGUGUUGAGUUAUAUUUGUCAAAGGCCCAGUUCUCUCAAAUGUCUCUCUCUUAUUUCAAUCCUGACCACUGAUAUGAAAGGAUUUGAUGAGUGGUGGUGGUAGUAUGCAAUAAUAUCUAUUACUGGUGUGGGAAGAAAUGAUUUGUAGAGUGAUACUGUAUUGAGACAGUCUUAUACUGUGUUUUUCUCUCCUCCAGGCCUCCUAGGGGCAUCAGCGCCCCAUUCCCUCAGUAGCUCCCCAGCUCCAAACUCUGUCCUCAACAGUCUGAACUCUUCCAUGAGCCCUAUGCAGAACCCCAGCCCCAGCACCCCGUCUCCCUCCCCCUCACUGUGGCCCAGCUCUCUCACAAGCACCCAAGGUGAGUACAGUUGGCUGGUGCACAAUCUCUCACGGUCUCACACCUUCAGGUCUCUCACCUUGUUCACAAAUAGCUAGAAGGGAUUGAUAUGAUGAAAGUGUUAUGAUAACGCUGUAGGAUUUCCUCCCUCGUGUGUCCAGGCUUCUCGUCUCAGUUGAUGAUGCACCCUGUAGCCCAGGCCACUCUGAGCAGUAUUCUGCUCUCUGGGGUCAAGGGGUACACCCAGAACACCCCCUCCCCACCCCCCGGCCUCGCCCCCAUCGACAAACAGACCAAUGGGGUCCCUGACUGCUCCAAAGGCCCCUGUACCCUGAAUGGACAUGUCAAGGUGACUGAUUUUUAUAGACCCAUAUUCACUAACUGUUACAUUGAAUGUAUACCUUGCCUAUAGUGAGUAUUCUGUAUAGGGCUACAUGUGUGUGUGUGUGUGUGUGUGUGUGUGUGUGUGUGUGUGUGUGUGUGUGUGUGUGUGUGUGUGUGUGUGUGUGUGUGUGUGUGCAGCACCCUGGCUCAGUCUAUGGUAGGAUGACCAGUGCAUCUCUGGCAGACACGGUUCUGAACCCCAACCAGUGUGACUCAGUCCAGGAGGCCAGCGUACACAACUCGUCAGAACCCCGCUCCAGCAAGUCCAACCAAGAUGAAGGUACCACGUACACACCGCACCUACAGAAAACAAGGAAAUGUGUAGCUCUUGUAGCUAUGCUUUAAAGAGGUUUAUAAAAUCAAAAGAAAGCCUUGGUAUUUGCCCUUAUUACCUGCUAAGUGAAUUUAUACCACAAUAUAUUUGUAUUUUUCUUAUACGUAGAUCAAUAUGCGGUCCAGUCCAUAUUCUCAAACCACUUUUCUCAGGUUGCAGCAGGGUGACAUUGAUGGCUGGUAUUCCAGUGGUUGAGGUCCCUAAUUUCCUGCGUCUCUAAUGUGUGGUUUGAGUGUAGCCUGGCUCUCACGCUCCUCACAUUCCCGUGUUGUUGGAGCUGGAGCUCAGUGGGAUCUGCCUCAGCCCCAGCCUGGCUGGUCACAGUAGUAACUUUUUCCUCUCCCUGACCUCCUCCUGUGUUCCAACUGGCUCUGUUCCCCGUAACCAUCAAGCCCAGGGAGAACCAACCAAACAUAAAAGACUAUCGAGGCCUACACUCACACACACACACCGAUCCUGUUCUGCAGGCCGGGUUACUGCCUGGAACUGUGGGAGUAGAAGAAGAAAGCUCCUUCAUUAGACUGCUUCUGUUUUGAAUGAACACAGGUGCCAACUGUGAGUUUUAGCAGCUACAUUUAGUCACGUUCAAGCCAUCGUGCAGAGUGACUUACAGAGAACGUACUGUUAUGUCAUUUAUACAUGACAGACGAUGGAAAGCUGAGCAACAAGGCACUUGAAAGAAAAGGUUGCUAUGGAAGUACAAAAACUUGGUUGUCAAGCACAGGUAUUGCAUAAUAAUGUAAAGAGUAUAAUAGUACAUACAGUCAGAUAUAUAGCCUAUUGACUAACUUCAUUAAAUCACGAAGGAAGGAAUAUAAUAUCCCACAUGUUACUGUUUCUUCACAAAUGCUCUUUUACUUUCUUUCCGCCAGGCUCUGACACCUUUGUGGAAGUGGGCAUGCCCAGAAGCCCAUCUCACUCAGCCAAUGGCAACGAGCUAAAACAGAUGCUGGCUUCCUGUAAGACGUCAGGGAAACGGCAGGCGGUGGAGCUCCUCCAGGGGACCAAGAACUCCCAUCUCCAGUAUGUCUGUCCAGAGCUACAGUAAGACUACCUACAUCACAUAUUUUAAGGACUUCAGAGAUGUCCUCACUCUUUCAUUCCUGUGCCUAAAGGGUAUAACAAUACGAUUCCAACUUGUUCUAGUUCACUGGGUAUGACUCCCAUACAUUCAUAGAAUAGAAAAGAAAAGCACUUUGUGACAACUGCUGAUAUAAAAAGGGCUUUAUAAAAUAUAUUUGAUUGGUUGGUAGAAAAUAAUACUAAAUAAACAGUGCUGUAUGUCUUGUCUGUGCUUUAGGCGUCUCUGUUGUGAUGGGGUUUGUACCUUGCUGUCUUUCUAAUAUGAUCGUAGCUCUCUGUUGUCUCCCCCCCACAGCUCAGACUGCCUCCUGUCAGACCCAGAGUCGAGUGCUUCAGACGGCCCUGUGACAGAUAAGAGGGCGCCGGGCAGUGAGCGGGCAGCAGAGAGGGCAGCACAGCAGAAUGAGAGGGACAGGAUCCGCUUGGCACCACAUUCCUCCUUUGCCAACAUGCAGGUACAACUAGAGGUAUUCCAACUCCACUUUUCUCUCUCACAUACACGCGCUCACACAUCAGUAGAUGGCUCAUGUGAAUUUGAUAGGUAGAAAAACUGACACUGACCUUCCUCUCCGUUUCAGGCACUUGAAUAUGAACAGAAAAAGCUGUUAGCAACCAAAGGUAAGUGUCAAUCUUUCGGGCAAUUCCUGCCUAAUCUCAAGGGAUACUGUGUUAUCUUUUCAGACCUUUCUCACUAAUUGGUAACAGAGGUUUUAUCUGUGUCUGUGUCCAGCCAUGUUGAAGAAGCCUGUUGUGACUGAGGUACGGACCCCCACUAACACAUGGAGUGGGCUGGGUUUCUCCAAGUCCAUGCCAGCAGAGACCAUCAAGGAGCUGCGCAGGGCCAACCACGUUUCUUACAAACCCACAAUGAGUACCACCUACGAGGUAAACUCCGACUAUGAGGUAAACACCAAUGGACCACUCUACUAUUGAAGAGAAUGUGUUUUUACUAACAUAUCUGAUAUAAAAGCUUAUGCAAAGACUGUAAUAGUGAUCUAGUGAGAUAUACAUGGCGGAGACUCAAUCAAGCUAGUCGUCUUGACUUCUUUCUUUUAUCAUUCUCGUUGGCAAAAAAGUGUUGAUAGGGGACAGAAUGCGGUCGGACCAUCAUAUAAUUGGCAUAUACAUUACGCUUACUGAAUUUCCACGUGGGCGAGGAUAUUGGACAUUUAAUCAAAGCCUAUUGGAUGAUAACUUGUUUUUAACAAGGACAGAGGAAUUUAUAACUGAUUUUUUCCGACAUAACAUAGGUACACCAAAUCCCCUUAUUGUAUGGGACACCUUUAAAUGUGCCUUUAGAGGCCAUGCAAUUCAGUACUCAUCUCGAAAACAAAAGCAAUUUAGGUCAAAAGAGUCCAUACUAACAAAGGAAAUAGAAGGUCUAACAGAACAGAUAGAUAGCAAUAAAAACUGUAACAUAGAGGCUCAGAAUAAAUUAGAGGAAAAACAAAAAGAAAUGGAGAAACUUAUUCAAGAAAGAUCAAGUGUAAUAUAUUAUAGAAAUAAAGCAAACUGGAUGGAAUAUGGGACACCAAAUUCUUUUUAAAUCUUCAACAUAGGAAUGCUACCAAAAAUAAUUUACUGAAACUGGUUACAAAUGACGGAGUCACCCAUGAUUAACCAAAUUAUAUUUUGAAGGAGGAAACAAAGUACUUUAAGCAUAUGUUUUCGUUUCAGUCGCCUCCAUCUUCUCUAACUGAAGCUAAUUGUAGAGAUUUUUUUUCUAUUGAUAAUGUAAAAAUUAACAGCCAUACAGAAAGACUCAUGUGAAGGUGAAAUUACAGAGGAGGAACUUCUGGAUGCAAUUAAAGACUUUAAGUCCGGGAAAAGUCCAGGGUUGGAUGGCAUACCAGUCGAGGUAUACCAAACCUUUUUUGAUAUACUCAGACAACCGUUAUUAGCAUGUUUUAACCACUCCUAUGUAAACGGUAGAUUAUCAGACACUCAAGAAGAAGGUCUGAUUUCAUUAUUACUGAAACAGGAUACAAGUGGAAAAUAUAAAGAUCCAGGCAUUUAAAAAAUUGGAGGCCCCUUACACUUCAGUGUUGUGAUGCAAAAAUUCUAGCAAAAUGUAUAGCGCAUAGAAUUAAAAAGACAUUUUUACAUGGAAGAUACAGUGAGGGGAAAAAAGUAUUUGAUCCCCUGCUGAUUUUGUAUGUUUGCCCACUGACAAAGAAAUGAUCAGUCUAUAAUUUUAAUGGUAUCCAGAAAAACGCAUGUCAAAAAUGUUAUAAAUUGAUUUGCAUUUUAGUGAGGGAAAAUAAGUAUUUGACCCCCUCUCAAUCAGAAAGAUUUCUGGCUCCCAGGUUUAUACAGGUAACGAGCUGAGAUUAGGAGCACACUCUUAAAGGGGGUGCUCCUAAUCUCAGCUUGUUACCUGUAUAAAAGACACCUGUCCACAGAAGCAAUCAAUCAAUCAGAUUCCAAACUCUCCACCAUGGCCAAGACCAAAGAGCUCUCCAAGGAUGUCAGGGACAAGAUUGUAGACCUACACAAGGCUGGAAUGGGCUACAAGACCAUCACCAAGCAGCUUGGUGAGAAGGUAACAACACUUGGUGCGAUUAUUCGCAAAUGGAAGAAACACAAAAGAACUGUCAAUCUCCCUCGGCCUGGGGCUCCAUGCAAGAUCUGGGACCAUAGUCAAUGAUCAAUGAUCUCAAGGCAGCUGGGACCAUAGUCACCAAGAAAACAAUUGGUAACACACUACGCCGUGAAGGACUGAAAUCCUACAGCGCCUGCAAGGUCCCCCUGCUCAAGAAAGCACAUAUACAGGCCCGUCUGAAGUUUGCCAAUGAACAUCUGAAUGAUUCAGAGGAGAACUGGGUGAAAGUGUUGUGGUCAGAUGAAACCAAAAUCGAGCUCUUUGGCAUCAACUCAACUCACCGUGUUUGGAGAAGGGGGAAUGCUGCCUAUGACCCCAAGAACACCAUCCCCACUGUCAAACAAGGAGGUGGAAACAUUAUACUUUGGGGGUGUUUUUCUGCUAAGGGGACAGGACAACUUCACCGCAUCAAAGGGACGAUGGACGGGACCAUGUACCGUCAAAUCUUGGGUGAGAACCUCCUUCCCUCAGCCAGGGCAUUGAAAAUGGGUUGUGGAUGGGUAUUCCAGCAUGACAAUGACCCAAAACACACGGCCAAGGCAACAAAGGAGUGGCUCAAGAAGAAGCACAUUAAGGUCCUGGAGUGGCCUAGCCAGUCUCCAGACCUUAAUCCCAAUGAAAAUCUGUGGAGGGAGCUGAAGGUUCGAGUUGCCAAAUGUCAGCCUCGAAACCUUAAUGACUUGGAGAAGAUCUGCAAAGAGGAGUGGGACAAAAUCCCUCCUGAGAUGUGUGCAAACCUGGUGGCCAACUACAAGAAACGUCUGACCUCUGUGAUUGCCAACAAGGGUUUUGCCACCAAGUACUAAGUCAUGUUUUGCAGAGGGGUCAAAUACUUAUUUCCCUCAUUAAAAUGCAAAUCAAUUUAUAACAUUUUUGACAUGCGUUUUUCUGGAUUUUGUUGUUGUUAUUCUGUCACUCACUGUUCAAAUAAACCUACCAUUAAAAUUAUAGACUGAUCAUGUAUUUGUCAGUGGGCAAACGUACAAAAUCAGCAGGGGAUCAAAUACUUUUUUCCCUCACUGUACAUUGGAGAUAAUAUAAGGCAAGUACUGGAAACAAUAGAACACUAUUACCAAUAAAAUGGUCUGUUGGUGAUGUGGAUAGACUCGGAAUACAUAUCCCAAAUGAAAUAAAUGAUCUCACUCCAAUACAUUUUAUUAGAAAGCUAGCAAAAAUAGAUAAGAUCUUGUUACCAUGGAAAGGUAAAUACCUGCCUGUUUGUGGGAAAAUCACCCGGAUUAACUCUUUAGUAUUAUCCCAGUUUACCUAUAUGCUUAUGGUCUUGCCUACGCCUAGUGAACAGUUUUUUUAAUUAUAUGAGAAAAAAUAUUCCAUUUUAUUUGGAACGGCAAGCCAGACAAAAUUAAACGGGCCUAUUUAUAUAAUGAAUAUGAAUUCAGAGGAUCAGAAAUUAUUAAAUAUUAAAGCAUUAGACCUAUCACUAAAAGCUUCAGUCAUACAAAAGUUAUACUUAAAUCCGAACUGGUUCUCUAGCAAAUUAGUAAGAUCGUAUCACCCAAUGUUCAAGAAUGGCCUUUUUCCCUUUAUUUAGAUUACAACCUCUCACUUUCAGUUAUUUGAAAAGGAAAUCAUCUCCCAAUAUCACUAUUUCUAAAACAAGCCAUAGAAAGUUGGUUGCAAUUUCAAUUUAAUCCUCCAGAAACAACAGAACAAAUAAUGCAACAAAUAUUGUGGUUAAACUCAAAUAUACUAAUUGAUAAUACAACUUUUUUUUUUGACAUAAUGUUUAAAAAAGGUAUACUCUUCGUAAAUGAUCUCAUCGGUAGGACUGGUGGAGUCAUGUCGCACAUGCAGCUAACAAAAACAUAUGGAAAUGUCUGCUCUACCCAAAAUUACAACCAAAUAAUUGCAGCAUUACCGCAAAAAUGGAAGAGGAAAGUGGAAGGGGGGAAAAAGUAAGGAACUUGUCUGUCGGCCUUGCAUUAAAGAACAUAAUUGGUUAAAGAAAACUGUGAUAAAUAAAAAAGUAUACCAGUUUCAUUUAAGGACCAAAAGAUUGACAGCCGUCCCAUAUACAGUGGGGAAAAAAAGUAUUUAGUCAGCCACCAAUUGUGCAAGUUCUCCCACUUAAAAAGAUGAGAGAGGCCUGUAAUUUUCAUCAUAGGUACACGUCAACUAUGACAGACAAAAUGAGGGAAAAAAAUCCAGAAAAUCACAUUGUAGGAUUUUUUAUGAAUUUAUUUGCAAAUUAUGGUGGAAAAUAAGUAUUUGGUCACCUACAAACAAACAAGAUUUCUGGCUCUCACAGACCUGUAACUUCUUCUUUAAGAGGCUCCUCUGUCCUCCACUCGUUACCUGUAUUAAUGGCACCUGUUUGAACUUGUUAUCAGUAUAAAAGACACCUGUCCACAACCUCAAACAGUCACACUCCAAACUCCACUAUGGCCAAGACCAAAGAGCUGUCAAAGGACACCAGAAACAAAAUUGUAGACCUGCACCAGGCUGGGAAGACUGAAUCUGCAAUAGGUAAGCAGCUUGGUUUGAAGAAAUCAACUGUGGGAGCAAUUAUUAGAAAAUGGAAGACAUACAAGACCACUGAUAAUCUCCCUCGAUCUGGGGCUCCACGCAAGAUCUCACCCCGUGGGGUCAAAAUGAUCACAAGAACGGUGAGCAAAAAUCCCAGAACCACACGGGGGGACCUAGUGAAUGACCUGCAGAGAGCUGGGACCAAAGUAACAAAGCCUACCAUCAGUAACACACUACGCCGCCAGGGACUCAAAUCCUGCAGUGCCAGAUGUGUCCCCCUGCUUAAGCCAGUACAUGUCCAGGCCCGUCUGAAGUUUGCUAAAGUGCAUUUGGAUGAUCCAGAAGAGGAUUGGGAGAAUGUCAUAUGGUCAGAUGAAACCAAAAUAGAACUUUUUGGUAAAAACUCAACUCGUCGUGUUUGGAGGACAAAGAAUGCUGAGUUGCAUCCAAAGAACACCUUACCUACUGUGAAGCAUGGGGGUGGAAACAUCAUGCUUUGGGGCUGUUUUUCUGCAAAGGGACCAGGACGACUGAUCCGUGUAAAGGAAAGAAUGAAUGGGGCCAUGUAUCGUGAGAUUUUGAGUGAAAACCUCCUUCCAUCAGCAAGGGCAUUGAAGAUGAAACGUGGCUGGGUCUUUCAGCAUGACAAUGAUCCCAAACACACCGCCCGUGCAACGAAGGAGUGGCUUCGUAAGAAGCAUUUCAAGGUCCUGGAGUGGCCUAGCCAGUCUCCAGAUCUCAAACCCCAUAGAAAAUCCUUGGAGGGAGUUGAAAUCCGUGUUGCCCAGCACAGCCCCAAAACUCCACUCACUGCUCUAUAAGGCUAUAUUCAUGGAUGAAUGGGCCAAAAUACCAGCAACAGUGUGUGAAAACCUUGUGAAGACUUACAGAAACGUUUGACCCUGGUUCAGGCCAACAAAUGGUAAUUAACAAAGUUUGAGAAACUUUUGUUUAUUGAACCAAGAUACGUUCUUCCAUUUCCCCUAAUAAUGCCCCCACAUUUGAUUUUAAAACCAAGUGCUUCCCUUUUGCAGAUUAGUCUUCCAGCCUGGUGAGGCAAACAAUUUGUUUCUGGGUCCUUUAAAAGCCUUGGUCUUGGCCAUAGUGGAGUUGGAGUGUGACUGUUUGGGGUUGUGGACAGUGUCUUUAUACUGAUAACAAGUUCAAACAGGUGCCAUUAAUACAGGUAACGAUGGAGGCCCAGAGGAGCCUCUUAAAGAAGAGUAAGUUGUAGAGCCAAAAACUUGCUUGUUGUAGGUGACCAAAUACUUAUUUUCCACCAUAAUUUGCAAAUAAAUUCAUAAAAAAUCCUACAAUGUGAUUUCUGGAUUUUUUUUCCUCCAUUUUUUCUGUCAUAGUUGACGUGUACCUAUGAUGAAAAUUACAGGCCUCUCUCAUCUUUUUAAUGGGGAAACUUGCAAAAAUUUGGGGGCUGACUAAUACUUUUUUUCCCCACUGUAGAUUGCAAAAUAUGGGAAAAAAAUUUUUGACGUACCAAUUCCAUGGCAUAGUGUUUAUGAAUGAUAAGACAAAACGACGCCGGAUUCAAAACUUAGGGAAUUUUUUUAAUUUAAAUUAUUAAAAAAAAUUUUUGCAACAAAUAAGUAUUUUUGGGGGGAAAAAUUCCAUUGAAUUUUUUUGGAAAGGCAGAAGAAAAUUGAUAUUUUUGGAUGCCAGUAGUUUUUUUUUUUUGGGAAAAGGUCGGGGGAAUGGCUAAAAUUAAUUUUUCCCCCAAUAAUAAUAAAAUUUUAUCUGAAAAACAUAGAAAGUCAAUUUAAAAUACAGAAAAGUUUUUUUCAAUUUAAAAAUUGUGAAAAAGAGAAAGGGGUUUAGAACUUUUAUAAAACACAAAUAAAAAUAAAAAUAUAAAAAUUAGAUAAGUUUGUGUUAAGAGAUAAGAAUUGUGGUUGAAGGUUGGGACUAAAUAAAACAUAAAAAAAAUUACAAUAAGAAGAAUACGUGCAUAAUCAUAAUAAGUAUAUGGUUAUAGGUUGAGAGCUUUGGUGGAAAGAGGACAGUUAGAAAGAUAUGGUAUGGCAUAUAGAAGCAAACCGGAUGGACAUCAUGAAAAUGAGAGGUUGAGGGGUUAGAGGAAGUUCAGGAGUAAAAACAAACAAAAUAGAAUUAUUGUAAAAUUGACUGUGUCCAUAAUGUAUAUAGUAUGUAUAAGCAGGAAGUAGAGGCCUAAGCGUUGUUGUUCACUAGUUUACUCCAAUUAGGGAAGGGUGGUGGGGUUGGAAAGUAAUAAAGGGAAAUAUUUUUUUUUAAAGUAUGUGUAUGUAUGUGUGUAUGUAUGUAUGUAUGUAUGUGUGUAUAUAUAUAUAUAUAUAUAUAUAUAUAUGUGUGUAUAUACAGUGGGGGAAGAAAGUAUUUAGUCAGCCACCAAUUGUGCAAGUUCUCCCACUUAAAAAGAUGAGAGAGGCCUGUAAUUUUCAUCAUAGGUACACGUCAACUAUGAAGACAAAAUGAGGGAAAAAAAAUCCAGAAAAUCACAUUGUAGGAUUUUUAAUGAAUUUAUUUGCAAAUUAUGGUGGAAAAUAAGUAUUUGGUCACCUACAAACCAAACAUGAUUUCUGGCUCUCACAGACCUGUAACUUCUUCUUUAAGAGGCUCCUCUGUCCUCCACUCGUUACCUGUAUUAAUGGCACCUGUUUGAACUUGUUAUCAGUAUAAAAGACACCUGUCCACAACCUCAAACAGUCACACUCCAAACUCCACUAUGGCCAAGACCAAAGAGCUGUCAAAGGACACCAGAAACAAAAUUGUAGACCUGCACCAGGCUGGGAAGACUGAAUCUGCAAUAGGUAAGCAGCUUGGUUUGAAGAAAUCAACUGUGGGAGCAAUUAUUAGAAAAUGGAAGACAUACAAGACCACUGAUAAUCUCCCUCGAUCUGGGGCUCCACGCAAGAUCUCACCCCGUGGGGUCAAAAUGAUCACAAGAACGGUGAGCAAAAAUCCCAGAACCACACGGGGGGACCUAGUGAAUGACCUGCAGAGAGCUGGACCAAAGUAACAAAGCCUACCAUCAGUAACACACUACGCCGCCAGGGACUCAAAUCUGCAGUGCCAGAUGUGUCCCCCUGCUUAAGCCAGUACAUGUCCAGGCCCGUCUGAAGUUUGCUAAAGUGCAUUUGGAUUGAUCCAGAAGAGGAUUGGGAGAAUGUCAUAUGGUCAGAUGAAACCAAAAUAGAACUUUUUGGUAAAAACUCAACUCGUCGUGUUUGGAGGACAAAGAAUGCUGAGUUGCAUCCAAAGAACACCAUACCUACUGUGAAGCAUGGGGGUGGAAACAGGAACGGGACUGAUCCGUGUAAAGGAAAGAAUGAAUGGGGCCAUGUAUCGUGAGAUUUUGGUGAAAACCUCCUUCCAUCAGCAAGGGCAUUGAAGAUGAAACGUGGCUGGGUCUUUCAGCAUGACAAUGAUCCCAAACACACCGCCCGGGCAACGAAGGAGUGGCUUCGUAAGAAGCAUUUCAAGGUCCUGGAGUGGCCUAGCCAGUCUCCAGAUCUCAACCCCAUAGAAAAUCUUUGGAGGGAGUUGAAAGUCCGUGUUGCCCAGCAACAGCCCCAAAACAUCACUGCUCUAGAGGAGAUCUGCAUGGAGGAAUGGGCCAAAAUACCAGCAACAGUGUGUGAAAACCUUGUGAAGACUUACAGAAAACGUUUGACCUGUGUCAUUGCCAACAAAUGGUAUAUAACAAAGUAUUGAGAAACUUUUGUUAUUGACCAAAUACUUAUUUUCCACCAUAAUUUGCAAAUAAAUUCAUUAAAAAUCCUACAAUGUAGUUUUCUGGAUUUUUUUUCCUCAUUUUGUCUGUCAUAGUUGACAUGUACCUAUGAUGAAAAUUACAGGCGUCUCUCAUCUUUUUAAGUGGGAGAACUUGCACAAUUGGUGGCUGACUAAAUACUUUUUUCCCCCACUGUGUGUAUAUAUAUAUAUAUAUAUAUAUAUAUAUAUAUAUAAAAUAUAUAUAUAUUUGUGAGGGGGAAAAAAACAUAUGGGGGAUUGGAAGUGAUGCAGACAAUUACAUUGAUGGAAGUUACAAUCUAUCUGCAAUAUUAAAGCUGAUCUACCCCCUAAAAAAUUUAAAUAAAAUAAAAAAUAAAGACUGUAAUAUGAAUUUUAAAUCUGUAAAGCAAAAGAGUUAACUGAAUUGAUACUCUUAUUCACAGAACUAAACCAUUAGUGAGAGCUUAUAACUGCAGCCCAUGUAUCUAUCAGUAGGAUCUGAUAUCCCCCUUCUCUCCCCCAGGGCUCCCCCCUGUCCCUGUCCCGCUCUGGCAGCAGAGAGGGCGUGGGCAACGGCAGUGACUCUGACAACUGGAGGGACAGGAACGGGGUUGGGAACGGUCUUCCCAGCCACGCCGAAUUCCCAGCGUCUGUUAGCAGUCCCAAGAGGAAGCAGAACAAAUCCGGUGAGCUACCCAGCAGAUACUCAUCUCAACUUUUUUUAAUGAAAUCAAAGGAGAAGAAAGACAAAGGGAAGAAGAUCAACACGCUCAGUCAACUCUCUCAAAGGUUUUGAUGAAAAACUUAUGAUGAGAAAGAAAGAAAAUCUAACCUUGAACAGCAGAUGCUGUGUGAAGAUUGCCUCAUUAAUUAAAAUGUGUGGGAGUAGAUGUGUUUUAUAAGUGUUCCUUCCUCCUACACACCUGCACUCAGCAAAGUUCAAGAGACCAGAUGCGUCUGUUCAUUUCCACCUCAUGUUCUUACCCUUGUAUCAAAUUAUUUGUUAUCAUCAAAGUCAAUCACUACCGGUAAUGCUGUAAAGAAGCACACAUCUAUUCUACAGUAUCUUGGCUUGUAUUGCAAACAUUAAAGACAAUCAAACGGCAUUCUCUUGCUUUAAUAGAUACAAAUGACUAACUCACCACAAUGUUUCAGCAGCAAGAUGCGUAAAGGUUUAUUUUAUGUUGCAUCAAUCUUUUUUUACAAUGAUAACUGUCUAUGAAAAUCGUCUUUAAUAUUGACUGUCUGACUUGUCAUUGACUUGUCUUGUCUUCCUGUGACUGCUUUUGACUGACAGCUGCGGAUCACUAUUUGAGCAGCAGUAACUACAUGGACUGUAUCUCCUCAGUCACCGGGAGCAACGGCUGCAGUCUCCAGCCCUCUCUCAAAGGGUCGGACCUGCCGGAGCUGUUCAGCAAGCUGGGCCUGGGGAAAUACACUGACGUGUUCCAACAACAGGAGGUACUGGCCUAUAGCCGCCGUAGCAAAACAAUUAGAAUAAAUAAAUAAAUAAAAUAAUGCCUUUCGUGAACUAACACUCGCACUUAACCUUUUUUUUUUUUUUACCAGCUGUGACUUUGCUGAUAGCUACUUUAUUGAGGAAACAUGUACUUACUAUGCCUGUGACAUGUGGUUGUCCCACCUCGCUAUCUUAAGAUGAAUGUACUAACUGUAAGUCGCUGUGGAUAAGAGCAUCUGCUAAAUGACUAAAAUGUAAAUGUGACAUGGGUUAACCACAUUAACAUAGGAGCAGGAGCCUUCAUCUAUCUCUGCUUGGCUGACUACAGUAUAUUAGAGAUAUGCUACCAUAAGCAUUGGCUAGGAUUUAUGGAUGGAUGGGUCAGUCCUUAGGCUUAGCUUUUUAUGCUGGUAUUUAAACUUUUUAGCUGCCCAUUGCAGCUAGGCUAAGCUUUUUAUCAACAUAUUAUGCAGUGGUCCUCAUGGUCCAAUGACUAGACUUUGUGAGGGAAGUAUUUGAUCCCCUGCUGAUUUUGUACGUUUGCCCACUGACAAAGAAAUUAUCAGUCUAUAAUUUUAAUGGUAGGUUUAUUUGAACAGUGAGAGACAGAAUAACAACAACAAAAUCCAGAAAAACGUUAUAAAUUGAUUUGCAUUUUAAUGAGGGAAAUAAGUAUUUGACCCCUCUGCAAAACAUGACUUAGUACUUGGUGGCAAAACCCUUGUUGGCAAUCACAGAGGUCAGAUGUUUCUUGUAGUUGGCCACCAGGUUUGCACACAUCUCAGGAGGGAUUUUGUCCCACUCCUCUUUGCAGAUCUUCUCCAAGUCAUUAAGGUUUCGAGGCUGACAUUUGGCAACUCAAACCUUCAGCUCCCUCCACAGAUUUUCUAUGGGAUUAAGGUCUGGAGACUGGCUAGGCCACUCCAGGACCUUAAUGUGCUUCUUCUUGAGCCACUCCUUUGUUGCCUUGGCCGUGUGUUUUGGGUCAUUGUCAUGCUGGAAUACCCAUCCACGACCCAUUUUCAAUGCCCUGGCUGAGGGAAGGAGGUUCUCACCCAAGAUUUGACGGUACAUGGCCCCGUCCAUCGUCCCUUUGAUGCGGUGAAGUUGUCCUGUCCCCUUAGCAGAAAAACACCCCCAAAGCAUAAUGUUUCCAUCUCCAUGUUUGACAGUGGGGAUGGUGUUCUUGGGGUCAUAGGCAGCAUUCCUCCUCCUCCAAACACGGCGAGUUGAGUUGAUGCCAAAGAGCUCGAUUUUGGUCUCAUCUGACCACAACACUUUCACCCAGUUCUCCUCUGAAUCAUUCAGAUGUUCAUUGGCAAACUUCAGACGGGCAUGUAUAUGUGCUUUCUUGAGCAGGGGGACCUUGCGGGGGCUGCAGGAUUUCAGUCCUUCACGGCGUAGUGUGUUACCAAUUGUUUUCUUGGUGACUAUGGUCCCAGCUGCCUUGAGAUCAUUGACAAGAUCCUCCCGUGUAGUUCUGGGCUGAUUCCUCACCGUUCUCAUGAUCAUUGCAACUCCACGAGGUGAGAUCUUGCAUGGAGCCCCAGGCCGAGGGAGAUUGACAGUUCUUUUGUGUUUCUUCCAUUUGCGAAUAAUCGCACCAACUGUUGUCACCUUCUCACCAAGCUGCUUGGCGGUGGUCUUGUAGCCCAUUCCAGCCUUGUGUAGGUCUACAAUCUUGUCCCUGACAUCCUUGGAGAGCUCUUUGGUCUUGGCCAUGGUGGAGAGUUUGGAAUCUGAUUGAUUGAUUGCUUCUGUGGACAGGUGUCUUUUAUACAGGUAACAAACUGAGAUUAGGAGCACUCCCUCUAAGAGUGUGCUCCUAAUCUCAGCUCGUUACCUGUAUAAAAGACACCUGGGAGCCAGAAAUCUUUCUGAUUGAGAGGGGGUCAAAUACUUAUUUCCUUAAUUAAAAUGCAAAUAAAUUUAUAACAUUUUUGAAAACAUGCGUUUUUCUGGAUUUUUUUGUUGUUAUUCUGUCUCUCACUGUUCAAAUAAACCUACCAUUAAAAUUAUAGGCUGAUCAUUUCUUUGUCAGUGGGCAAACGUACAAAAUCAGCAGGGGAUCAAAUACUUUUUUCCCUCACUGUUUAUCCAACUAAUACCUUUAUUGAUAUUAGAGCACACACGGCAAAUAUUUGAUAAGGGAUGGGCAUUAGGUAUUUUAUGUUGCAAUGGGGGAUUUUAUUGUAAAAAUAUACUACAUUAUAGUGUAUAGCAGGGAUCAUCAACUAGAUUUCUUCUUGAGUGGAUGAUUUGCUGGUGUUUUUAGUAUAUAUUUUUUGCUCAGUAAACUUGGGUGGGCCAAAUAAAAUCCAAAAUGUUUAUAGUGCCGCCAGUUGGGGAACCCUGGUGUAUAGUGUGAAGUGGCAUAAUAAAGAUAUUGACUGUGAACAUGCACUCUUUUCAGAUCGAUCUCCAGACCUUCCUCACUCUGACAGACCAGGACCUGAAAGAGCUGGGCAUCACCACAUUUGGAGCACGCAGGAAAAUGCUGCUCGCCAUCUCAGGUGUGAAUGACUAUGGUAAUGAACAAACGUGUGUGUGAGCUUCUGUGUGUGUGUGUGAACCCAGUUCCAAUGAUGUGUGAGGCUGAUCCUGCUGGGCUGUAUGUGGUGAUAAUAGCUCCUUUCAGAAGUCUGUCAGAAGUGUCGAGGGGGGUGUUGGGCCGUGCCAGAACCUCUCCUGAUGGCGGUGGUGUGAAAUUGACUUCUAUUUUCAUUAGGCCUCUAUUGUCUGGCCCUGCCACAUGCCUCAGUGGCAGCCAGUCUGACAGCUAGCGAGCUGAUGGGCCGUGGUACAACUAUGGCCAGGUCCCAUAGCUGAACAUUCAUUGCGAUCAGUCUCUACUGCCAUCCAUUGGUUUCAGUAGUCAAUGGUGCAAGUCGUGUCUCUCUUUUUGUCUGACAGAGAGGAGCUCAGAUCCUCUCAUACUGUUCCAAGGCAAUGAAUGCCCCACAUGUUUGUUGUGACAUGAACUAAUCCUUGAUUAUAAAUGCAUAACUACAGGAGUAAUAACUUUCUUCCAGCAGGAGUGAACAGGAUUCAGUCAGGUGGCAUUUUGAUUGAAUAUACAGUGGGGGAAAAAAGUAUUUAGUCAGCCACCAAUUGUGCAAGUUCUCCCACUUAAAAAGAUGAGAGAGGCCUGUAAUUUUCAUCAUAGGUACACGUCAACUAUGACAGACAAAAUUAGAAAAAAAAAUCCAGAAAAUCACAUUGUAGGAUUUUUAAUGAAUUUAUUUGCAAAUUAUGGGGGAAAAUAAGUAUUUGGUCAAUAACAAAAGUUUCUCAAUACUUUGUUAUAUACCCUUUGUUGGCAAUGACACAGGUCAAACGUUUUCUGUAAGUCUUCACAAGGUUUUCACACACUGUUGCUGGUAUUUUGGCCCAUUCCUCCAUGCAGAUCUCCUCUUAGAGCAGUGAUGUUUUGGGGCUGUCGCUGGGCAACACAGACUUUCAACUCCCUCCAAAGAUUUUCUAUGGGGUUGAGAUCUGGAGACUGGCUAGGCCACUCCAGGGCCUUGAAAUGCUUCUUACGAAGCCACUCCUUCGUUGCCCGGGCGGUGUGUUUGGGAUCAUUGUCAUGCUGAAAGACCCAGCCACGUUUCAUCUUCAAUGCCCUUGCUGAUGGAAGGAGGUUUUCACUCAAAAUCUCACGAUACAUGGCCCCAUUCAUUCUUUCCUUUACACGGAUCAGUCGUCCUGGUCCCUUUGCAGAAAAACAGCCCCAAAGCAUGAUGUUUCCACCCCCAUGCUUCACAGUAGGUAUGGUGUUCUUUGGAUGCAACUCAGCAUUCUUUGUCCUCCAAACACGACGAGUUGAGCUUUUACCAAAAAGUUAUAUUUUGGUUUCAUCUGACCAUAUGACAUUCUCCCAAUCCUCUUCUGGAUCAUCCAAAUGCACUCUAGCAAACUUCAGACGGGCCUGGACAUGUACUGGCUUAAGCAGGGGGACACGUCUGGCACUGCAGGAUUUGAGUCCCUGGCGGCGUAGUGUGCUACUGAUGGUAGGCUUUGUUACUUUGUCCCAGCUCUCUGUAGGUCAUUCACUAGGUCCCCCCGUGUGGUUCUGGGAUUUUUGCUCACCGUUCUUGUGAUCAUUUUGACCCCACGGGGUGAGAUCUUGUGUGGAGCCCCAGAUCGAGGGAGAUUAUCAGUGGUCUUGUAUGUCUUCCAUUUCCUAAUAAUUGCUCCCACAGUUGCUUUCUUCAAACCAAGCUGCUUACCUAUUGCAGAUUCAGUCUUCCCAGCCUGGUGCAGGUCUACAAUUUUGUUUCUGGUGUCCUUUGACAGCUCUUUGGUCUUGGCCAUAGUGGAGUUUGGAGUGUGACUGUUUGAGGUUGUGGACAGGUGUCUUUUAUACUGAUAACAAGUUCAAACAGAUGCCAUUAAUACAGGUAACGAGUGGAGGACAGAGGAGCCUCUUAAAAAAUAAGUUACAGGUCUGUGAGAGCCAGAAAUCUUGCUUGUUUGUAGGUGACCAAAUACUUAUUUUCCACCAUAAUUUGCAAAUAAAUUCAUUAAAAAUCCUACAAUGUGAUUUUCUGGAUUUUUUUUUCUCAAUUUGUCUGUCAUAUUUGAUGUGUACCUAUGAUGAAAAUUACAGGCCUCUCUCAUCUUUUUAAGUGGGAGAACUUGCACAAUUGGUGGCUGACUAAAUACUUUUUUUCCCAUUCCUAUAGUUUCUGGGAAGUUACACUUAGAACAUGUUUUGUCCUUUAUCGCAUGUAUUUUCAUUUCAUGGUUUUGUGGUAUUUUAUUAGAGAGAAGGGAUCAUAUCUAUGUCAAAGUUUGCUGCUCAUUUUUAGAGUGUGUCUUACUGAUGCAGUAGGGGGUCACAUUAGGGUUGGGCGGUAUCCAGAUUUUCAUAUCAUCAUACCGUCCUUCUCUCACCCCAGGAUUUACGGUAUUACCGGUUUAGUACACAAGGGGGCGCCAAAAUAACGAGAGAAAAAAGCCCAUUAGGCGUCUACUACCAGAAUGCUAACAGCAUUAGCACAAGUAAUAGCGGAUUUCCAUGGAGGCUGCCAGCUAAAUAUACUAACGAGCACAAACAAAAUUAAAAUAAUUGCAAAGACAGGCAAUCCAGCUCAUAAAGUAUAUAUAUAUAAAGGUAGGAUGUGAACGAGAGACAUUGUGCAAAUGAACAAAGUUUUGACGCAUGCUUUUCUGAAGGAAGAACCGUACUGGCUCUCCAGCAACAUGUCUAUACGCUGUGUCUGUGUGGAGUUUGACAUCACUAGGGCAUAUUGUGUUAGCUUUCUGCCUGCUGUCUGCUCCUCCCCCCUCUUCUCCAAGCAGAGCAGGCAGAAAGCUAACACAAUAUUAACUUUAAGCAAAACAUUAGGAAAUGUAGCUGGCUACAUUCUUUCUAUGAUAGGCCUAAACAUUAGAAAUAUGAUGGCCAUGCAUAGUUUUUGCAAAAAAUACUUUGCUUUUUCAUUGUAAGCUAAUUUACUUGUGUGGCUGCCAGCCAAAUAGCGUUGCACUUCUGUUGUCUACUGAUGAAAAUGAAGCUAUUUUCUGCCGAAUGUGUUAGAUUAAUGUAUUUUCUGUGAAGGAAAACUAUAGUUGCACAUCCCUGAUCACUCUAUUGAAGAAAAAAAACAACUUGACUUUUAAUAUCAAACGCGACCCCUGUCAAUACACAGCUGGACUCACCUGCUCCCACUUUCUCCUGUUCUGCUAUUUAUAAACAAACGUGACUGGCUCAGCUGUUCUGGGGAACUAUUUAAGCUUCAUAAUGUAAAAAAAUGUCACAGGAGAAAUAUCUGCUAUCUGCUUUAUUUCCUAACGCAUUGCACAAGUUGACUGCAGGUAUUUACUUAAAAAAUAGCUACAAUAUAUACAAAUGUAUUGAAAAACGUCAAAUAAAUAAUAUAAAAGGCAUUGACUGUAUGGAAAAAACAUCCCGUGGCUAUUUCCAAAUACCCCGGUAUACGGUAUAUACAGUAUACCGCCCAAGCCUAGGUCACAUUGAAGUUGGGAGAGGGAGGUAGUCUGUCUUAUUGAUGCAGUAGGGGUCACAUUGAGGUUGGGAGAUGGAGGUAGUCUGUCUUAUUGAUGCAGUAGGGGGUCACAUUGAGGUUGGGAGAGGGAGGUAGUCUGUCUUAUUGAUGCAGUAGGGGGUCACAUUGAGGUUGGGAGAGGGAGGUAGUCUGUCUUAUUGAUGCAGUAGGGGGUCACAUUGAGGUUGGGAGAGGGAGGUAGUCUGUCUUAUUGAUGCAGUAGGGGGUCACAUUGAGGUUGGGAGAGGGAGGUAGUCUGUGUUCUGUUGUGAGAAGGGCUUAAGGCGAGAGAUGGUUCCACUGCUGCACUCCGUUGCCAAGUUCAGAUCAACUCUAAUCUCGGCUGAAGAACUCAGCGAGCUCCAAAACAGGAACACACUCCCUUUCCCCCUUUUCCUUCUCUCCUCACUUAAAGAUGCUCAACCAGUUUAUUGACAUAUUUUGAAAUAAUUGUGUCCAAGUAGUUGGGUGAUCUGCACAUUUUCCUGUCAUUGUUGAUUUAGUCUUGACUGCAUCGAAACACCAAUAAUCUGUACUUUCCCUCCAAUUUCGUUUACAGUUUGAAUUGACUUGUCGGACUCUUGAUGGAAAAACAUAGUAUGUUAUUGAACAUAUCUGUAAGAAUUGUAAUUAUACGGUAUUGUGUUCUUUUGUCUUUUCCAGAACUGAACAAGAACCGAAGGAAGCUGUUUGAGCCUCCUAUCAGGUCCUCCUUCCUGGAAGGGGGCGCCAGCGGGCGUCUGUCUCGUCAGUUCCACGCUGACAUGGCCAGCGUCAGCGGCCGGUGGUAGAGCUCCACUCCGCCAGGACCUAACACGACAGAGACCCAGCCUUCAGUGCUUCUCUCUGGGCUUCUGUAGCCCAGUCUCCAGCCUCUCUGGGUCUCAGUGGUCCACCCUCCAUCUUAUGCUUAACAAUGACAGUUAAACUCUUUUUUUGGGGGCGGGCCAUAACAAAAAGCCAUAGUUUAACCAGAAGUGCCAAAAAAGAGAUGAGCCAUCUCAAUGGUAUAGAAAGUCCAGUGUUCACUCCACAUAGUGCUAAAAUGUUUCUGUGGAGUAUCUACACAUGAAGGGUAUUUGACUAGUUAUGAAGGACAUGUACUGUCUAAUAAUUGUCCAUUUUUGUUGAAGGGAACAGGCUGAAUGAUUAGUACAAAAUAAUUACAUUGAUACCGUCUGCAUUCGUAGUAUGCUGUUGUAUCAAUGACAUGCACUUUAACAAUACUAGAAUUUUGUCUGUGAAAGCCUGAUUCCUCAUAUUGGAAUACCUAUGCAUUUUGUAUUAACUCAAAGCACAGAUGUAUUUGUACCAAGCCAAAUGUAAGCACUUAGUGAGAUGGGGUAAUUAAGUCAAUUAAAUUCAAAGGUCAAAGUGCCCAAGUGACAUCAUCAACUAAACACAGAACCUAGAGAAAUGACCUUUGACCCCUCAGUGUUUUGAUUGAUUGACAUUCCACAAAGGUCAGUGUUGUAUCCACCAGCAGCUGCUGCAGUUGGGCUGCAGUCUGUCUCUGUCAUAUGUAUUUAGAAAAAUAUGAUUUGGUAUUUGCAUUAUGAUUUUUAAUCAUCAUUUUUUGGGGGGAGGUUUUAAUGAUAAUCAGUGUACAUGUGUUUUUUUUAAUGUUUUAAUUAUUUUAUACAUUAAUUAAUGAGUUUCUAUGGUUUCUAAUUUGUUUAUUAUUUGUCUCUUUGAUAAUAACGAGAGAGCGAGAGGGGAGCGAGAGAGAGAGAG